GGCCGCCGCGGCCGCCGCCUGUCGCGGAGCGGGUGUCGCCGCCUUCCUGCCUCCAGGGGGCAGCGGCCGCCCUCAGGUCCCUGCGUGGACCGCUCGGCGCCCGCGCCGCUCUUCCGGUCGCUGGGGGUGGCGGGCCGGCCGGCGGGCGGCCCGAGCCGGCGGUCGCCAUUCCCGUGUCGCUGCGCCCGCGGGGGCCGCCCGAGCCCGCCACGAUGCCACUGGGCCUGAAGCCCACCUGCAGCGUCUGCAAGACCACGUCGUCCUCCAUGUGGAAGAAGGGCCCGCAGGGGGAGAUCCUCUGCCACCACUGCACGGGCCGGGGCGGCGCGGGCGGCGCGGGCGGCACGGGCGGCGGCUCGGGGGCGGCCGGCGGGACGGGGGGCGGCGGCGGCGGCGGCGGCGGUGGCGGCGGCGGCUUCGGCGCGGCGACCUUCGCCAGCACCUCGGCCGCCCCUCCGCAGAGCAACGGGGGCGGGGGCGGCAAGCAGAGUAAGCAGGAAAUUCACAGAAGGUCUGCUCGGCUGAGAAACACUAAAUACAAAUCUGCUCCAGCUGCUGAAAAGAAAGUUUCCACCAAAGGAAAAGGGAGAAGACAUAUUUUUAAAUUAAAAAAUUGUCCUGGGGGAGUGAGUGGUCCACACUUGCUGGAAGGAAGUGAGCUCUGUUGCAGGAGAACAGGAAUGCUUCCCUUACCACUAAAGGAAGUUCUGAAGUUGGGCAUAUUCCCUUGUAAAACACAGAGGGGCCCUGUGCCCAUCAAAGCUCCUGAGUCUGUUUCCACUAUAAUCACUGCAGAAUCAAUCUUCUACAAGCUUUUUUUCCCCCUAGGUGGCUGGUAUAAAAACAUCUCAUCCAGAGCUGAGGGAGUAUAUUACCAAAUUGGAGAUGUUGUUUCUGUGAUUGAUGAACAAGAUGGAAAGCCCUACUAUGCUCAGAUUAGGGGUUUCAUCCAGGACCAGUACUGUGAGAAAAGUGCCGCUCUGACAUGGCUCAUUCCCACCCUCUCGAGCCCCAGGGACCAAUUUGAUCCUGCAUCCUACAUCAUCGGACCAGAGGAAGAUCUUCCAAGGAAAAUGGAAUACUUGGAAUUUGUGUGUCAUGCACCUUCUGAAUAUUUCAAGUCCCGUUCAUCACCGUUUCCCACAGUUCCGACCAGACCAGAGAAGGGCUACAUAUGGACUCAUGUUGGACCUACUCCUGCAAUCACUAUUAAGGAAACCGUCGCCAACCAUUUGUAGUUUAGAAAGUGAAACUUCUUUCCAGUCAUCUUGUAUUCAUUCUCCUAUAAGACAUGCCACAUAUUUCUUUUCAUGAAAUUCUUAGAUGGAAAGACUAAACAUUUUCCCCUAACUGCCCAGUAAUCAUUAGCUUGUUAAUUACUAGUUACUUGGAAAUUUAAAAGGAAUUAAAUAUUUUAAAGUUGAAUAUAUUCUAUAUGUGUGUCUUCCCAGGCAAAGGCCACAAUUUCCAAGGAGAUCGUUAGGAACAGGUAAUAUCUAUUUUUCUCCACAAUUUAUUUCUAGAAACUCAUUAUAAUCAAUGGACUGUACUUUCCUUUUGGAACAAAAUGUUAAUUAAGGUUGGAUUUCUGACCAAGGACUUGAUCAAAUAAAAUAUAGCUAUGGCCAACUGUGUCUAUCACAGAGUUACACAGGCUUUAUUUUUUCAUCUAGAAAAUGCUAGUAGACUGUUUAACCUUAAGGAAAGUAAUUGGUGGAUGAUUUUACUAUUUUGAGUCUUUUUAAAACUUUAUUCUGUGGCAGAUAGAUUCAGAAUUAUUCUGUUGAUCUUCAUUGCACCUUCCUUCUCUAAGUGAGGCUCCCAACCAAACCAUAAAAUUGUAGAGUCCAGACAGUUAACUUCAUGAAAUGUGCACAGGAAACAUGUCAUGUCCAGGCAUCCCACUUGGUAUUUUCUUUUUUAAAAAAAAUUUUAUUAAAAGAUUUUAUUUAUUCAUGAGAGACAGAGAGAGGCAGAGACACAGGGAGAGAGAGAAGCAGGCUCCCUGCAGGGAGCCCGAUAUGGGACACGAUCUCAGGACUCCAGGAUCACGCCCUGGGCCGAAGGCAGACGCUCAACCGCUGAGCCACCCAGGCGUCCCCAUACUUGGUAGUUUCUUGAUGAUCUUUGAAGCAACCAUUGUGCAAUCAAAAAAAUGACUUAAUAGGUCAUAAUCAUUAAUAUCUAAAAAUGCCUACCUAAAGUUAAAUCAUCUGCUGGAGACUCAUAGUAACAGGCCUAAAAUAAAGUCUUAAGAUUUAGGUGCCCUGCUUUUUAUGAAAUUGUCCAGAAUUCAGAUAUAGAUUUUUAGCUCAAGUGCAGGUUAGCUAAGUAAGGGAACAACAAUAUGAUGGGAUUGCAUACAUUCGCCUCUGAUUCUAUCCUGACUGAACCAAUGUUUCUCAAACCCAGGAAAAUUUGUCAGAAUCUAAUUUAAUCAUAAUGAUUCAGAAUUGUAGCAGUGUUAACGUUUUUCUGCACAGUUAUGGUUUGUUUGUUAGAAGGAAGCAACUGUAGAUAGCUUGAUGUUCAUAGUUCUCCCCACAAAGUUUACUGUAAAAUUGAUUGUAAGUACCAUUGUAAAUAACUAAGUGCCAGUAUUCAAACUUUUGGAUUAAAGUGUAUUUUUUACAUUA